AUGUCUCUCCCACCCCCUACAGUGCUCCAACAAUCCUCCCCUCCACCCCAUCCACCGUCCAUCAUCUCUGAUCUCGGUCUCCUCAACCCGAUAACUACGUCUCCCUCACCAGGAUUAACCGUCGUCACCAGAUACGAAUUCCCUCUCCGCGACGCAAAAACCACGGAAUCAGCUCUCAACGUUCUCUCUCAACGCAUAGAAUCUCCCCGAUUUCUCUCACUCUCACUCAAGUCUUCCUCAACGCCCCUACCGGUCCCAACUACCAAGUGCCCCAAGUCCACCAACAACCUCUCAUCUCUCGCUCCACCAAAUCAACUCCCGCUCUCGCACUCCUCCUCACCUCCCCCCGUCAUCAUGCCCAUAAACGCCCCGCGCGUCCACACACCAGCCUAA